AUGGAGGUCGAUGAAGCACUUCUUACUAUACCCAUUAACCCCAGUAACUUCCCCGCCAAGUUAUGGCGACUGGUGAACGACCCUAAAAACAGAUCCAUACGGUGGGACACCCAUGGGGAGGGUGUGAUCAUUGAUCAACAGCUGUUUGAAACAGAGCUCCUGUCACCAGCUAAGCCAUCAAGAGAUACAGACGAUUUAUUCAAGACGACAAACUUCACCAGCUUCAUUCGGCAAUUGAACCUCUAUGGGUUCAGAAAGGUGAUCCAGAGCCCGGGGUGCACGGAUAAGCGCGCUGACGGGAACAAGGUUACGGACGGAAUCCAGCAUCACUUUCACAACCCAAAUUUCAAACAAAACCAUCCCGAACUUUUGGUCAAUCUCAAAAGACUGACAAGCACCAACAAGGCUAAGCUUGAAGCGGGUUUGGAAGUGACCUGCCGGCCGCCAAAUCGUUUCCGUCGCCUCCUGACAAAUAAUGAGAAAAGUUCUGUAUUUGUACACCGUGGGUUUCUUCGGGACAACGUGUCUCCUUAUCAGUACAAUCUGAACGGAUCACAGCCCGUCAAAGAGUACGACCGAACCCCAAUCCCUUCUCGCGGCUGGGUCAUGCGUCAGAACGACACUUCCUCCCCUACAGCCUUCUACACAAACAAAGGGAUCCCAGUGUCGGUAAUUCGCCACUACUCCAGUGACUCUGCCUUUUCGGUUCAGCCCAGUCCCACCAGCGUCCACAUGCAGCAGGGAGCCCAGGGAACGUCUCUGACCGGGAAAAAAAUCGACAGCUUUUUGCCCCCUCAUUCUCAGUACAAUCCGGGAUAUUACUCAUCUGCAGGGUGUCUCUGCUGUAGUCCUGGUUCAGUGGAUUUAGAUAUGACAGGAUGCCCCCAUCCAUCAUCUACCUCCUUUCCUCACUAUGGUUAUUACCAGCAGAAUUAUCCUGCUGGUUUCAUGCACGCUGGCACCCAGAAUCCAGAUUGGCAGUGUGGUGACGCCCAAGACAUCAAGAAAAACGACGUCAGCCUCGACACGGUUUUCAAGAUCGUGGAUGAGUUCCAGCCCUCGCCCAAACUGUGCACAGUCAAAGUGGAGGCCGCUGAGAUGCCGCUCCAGUCUUCUGCGCCGUCAGAGAUCCAUCCAAACAGCGCGCCCACCCCAGCCACUGUCUCUGCCUCCAUGUCGGGCGAUGCCAACCCUGCACCCGUGUUCAGCACCGUUCCGAUGGACAGCAUCAUCGCCAGCUCUCCAGGGAAGGUGCUGUUGGGCAGGGGUAAUGCUGCAGGGAUGCCCGAAAACCAAUCAGAGAGAGGAGUGGAACAAGAUGUUGUCUUAUCUGAACACGGCAAGAAAGCCCAGAAGCCGAACGAGGAGACCAAAGAGGAGGCUUCAGGAAAGAAACCCAGAGGAGCCGUGACAGCUGUGAUUGACACGCACCAGUCCCAGGAACACAGACACGGAAAACUGCAACGCAGUUCUCCUGAUCUUAACCUGUUGGUAGAGGUGGCAUGCAAGCACAAUUCUUGA